UAUUGGCGAAGCAUAUUGCCGACCGGAGUCGGUUUCCAGACGGGGUCGCCGUUGACCCGUUCAGCGGCGCCGACGAAAAAGCGAUUCAGCUAGCCAAAUCUUGUCGUAAAGGUAACAUACCUACCUACCGUACCUACGCAAUAUAUUAUGUUCAUUUAUAACAUUAAAUUUUUUUUUUUUCUUUAUUAAUUUUUGAUUUUACAUCAGUGAUCGCUAUGGAUAUUGAUCGAACAAAAAUUAAAUUGGCCCGGCACAACGCCGGUGUAUAUGGCUGUGCCGAAAACGUCAGAUUUUUAUACCGGACCGAGUGGUCAACAGGCAAAUGUAGUGGUCACGUCGCCCCCGUAGCUCCCCAGUACCUCCGCCUGGACUCGUACAGCCCGUCGGUCUUGUGCGAGGCUUACGGGGGCGGCGAAGCCAUCGUGCGGAUUGCGAAAUCGAUGGCACCGAAGUUGGCCCUACAUUUGCCCAGAACGGUUGAUAAAUCCGAGGUUCGUAUACUGUUUUUUGUCUUAAAAUUAUUCCUAAAUGUUCUAUUCUGUUUUACUUUACAUUCUAUAGUAAUUGAUGAUUCGUAUACUUAUUUGUUUCAGUGCGUAGCAAUUGACAAAAAGCUCUGCGUUACUCGAAUAAAGAGUAGAAAAAUGGUAUUAUUUUUUUGGAAGAGGAAAAUGGUCACUGUCAAUUACUACUGUCUAAAAAAAAUAUUAUCUCCAAAAUUCGAUCAAUCCAAUUACCUAUGUAUUUACUUUGUUAUCUAUAUAGUUGUAUAAUGUAAAAUAUAAUUCCUCGAAAAUCGGGUGUACAAUUCAUUCGACUUUGGAUUUUGGGUGUUCCGAUAAAUCAACCGUUUAGUCUGAAUUUGUUUGAUUGCAUGUAAUGAUAACAGAUACAAAUUUAGACUGGAAAAGUAAGAAAAUGUAAAUUGUUAAAAAUCACAUUUGAUAAAUGUUAGUUAUAAUAUCGUGUACAUGCAUUUUCAUUAAUUUGCGACAUAAUUUCCUGAACAAUAACGAUAAUACCCUACGAUUUGUCAUCCCUACGGCCUAAUAGAAAUUCAACUUUUAUAUAGUAAAAAUAGGGAUUACAGACGAUAUUUAUUUUUAAAAUAUGAAAAUUGCAAUUUUAUCGUUUGUUUGCGGAUUUCUGGUGGUUAUACGAGAAAAACUUUGUUAUUUUAAAAAGAAAACUUUUUUUUUUUAAAUCCUCUAACGACUCAAAAUUGUAAUUAUUUAAAGUUCCACUGUACAGCGAUAUAGCGUAUAUGAUGAGUACAUGUGUAAAAAUAAAAAUACUUUCGUUUAUCCUGCAGGGUCAUUUUUAAAACCAUACAUAGGUACUGAACAAUACAUAUAGGGGAAUUUUUUCUUAAAAUCAUUUUCCGUUAAUUUUACGGGGAAUGUAAAGACAGAUAUAAUCAUAGUAUUAUAUUAUUUUUAAAAUUUUAAAUGUAUGAGAAAUUCGUAUACUGUUAACAAUAACUCGUAAGUUUAAUUACAGAGCAUUCAUGCAAAUUGUAGAACCAGUAACAUCCGUUCUUAAUACGUCUAAAGUAGCGAAUGCUACGCUACUUAAAACUUCAUUUUUGGAUGCAAUCGGUCGCUCUCCUACGCAACAAAACGUACCGCCGGCCGAACCACAACUCCUUACCAAUGCGUCAAGUGAGUAUAGUUAUAACUAUUUUAUAAAGCUAAACUUUCAACAUCAAAAUCGUGUACAUUCAAAAGUUCAAUAAACUUUUCCGAAGUAGGAUCUACUACUAGGAUUGGAACAUCGCAUCUGAAUGCUACUGUCGAACCGAGCCAGAUCGAGAGUCCUACGCAACGCAUCUUACCGCCGGGCAAAACACGACCCAUUACCAAAUCGUCAAGUGAGUAUAGUUAUAACUAUUUUAUGAAGCUCAAAUUUCAAAAUCAAAAUCGUGUACAUUCUAAAGUUCAUUAUACUUUUCCGUAGUAGGGCCUACCAGUAUGACUGAAAUAUCGCAACAGAAUGCUACUGUCGUUCCGAGCAAGUUUGACAGUACGCCACAGCGCAUAUUAUCGCCGGCCAAAUUACAACCCACUACCAAUUCUUCAA